AUCUUGUAAGGAGAUUUAUUGUAAGGGGUUUUUAUUUUGUAUUUAAAAGUCUGAUGUUGAAUUACUGUGCAUAAGGUAAAUUACAUUGUACUUAUUUUACUUUUGUUAAUGUGAAGACUUCAUUAAAACCAAUGUUAUUGGCCUCAUAUGUAUAUGAUUUCCAUUCCAACAUUGGGUCAUUAUGAUGGGCUUGGGUCAUACCACUAAUCUUGUUAUUUAGAUAAAAUGAUUUAUAAAUUCCACUUGUAUGGGCACAUCUCUCCUAUGUAUUGUUGCCUGGAGGCCCUUAAGUUGCCACAGGUUUCUGCUGAGGAUAACUACUUAACGUAAUGUCAGCAGAAAUGAUAAAAGUUAACAACCUAAUAGAGUCUACACAGUCCUGCCAUAUUGUGUGUACAAAUAAUACAGCAGCAUACUUCUUUGUUCUCCUAGCAACUACACAAAACUAAGUUGUACUGCCACUGAGUGAAUUUAGAUCCGCAAACAUAAUCAUGGAUGAAUUAUCAUGGCCCAUAUGUAACAUUGAAUGAUUAUGUUUAAAUAAAGGCAAAACGGAUCAUAAAAUAAACAGCUGGAUUACUAGUGUUUUGAACAAGAACACACAUAUUCUAGGUUUAUGCCUGAUUAAUAACAGCAAUGGCAGAAAGAUCGACGGGGAUGCCAUGUAGGCUACCCAAAGAUUGUAAAUAGGCGAAGUACGGAGCCUGUAGGCAAGACCUUUAAGGCCACCGUACCAUGGGUGACAUCACUGUUUACAACAAGCCUUUCAUUUUCUACGUCGAGGUAGUUCUUGGUGCAACAGCUAAGUUUGUUAGCUUCAUAGUAUCUAAACAGUACACGGUACUUUAUGCUAUAGGAGCGCCUAAUGACAUGACUUUCCGAAUUACAUUCACUAUCCCCUUGAUUUAAUGUGCCAGGUCAGCCUUUUGUAGGCUAAGGUGAGCUUGCUAGGCAACGUUAACGUAGGUAGGACCUAGGCUAGAGGUUAGCUAGCUAACGUUAACAUAAUAUUAACCAUCGAGAAUAAAAAACCUUAUUUAGCCUAGUGUGCUGAUUGAGCUUUGAUGUUGCCUGUCCAGUGUUGUCUUUCUUUGCGGUCUCAUUCAGCGAUAUAUUUUGCUUGUGUUUAUAUUGAUGUGAGUCGGUGUCGGGGCGGGCAUGCCUAGUGUUAAGGCUGUCAGUGAGACCUCUGCAGAGUGGCAUAGGCUACAGUUCGUUUCUGAAGAUUUGACCUUAGGUAAUGUUAUGCAAGUUAGAGACGAGGUAUUUAAGGAAUGGACUGGUUUGAUGAGAUUUGUAUAUUUUCUUCUCAAUGUUGAUGCAUAAGUAGGAUAUUAACAAAAAUUCAGAGUCGGACCUCAGGGGAGUUAAGGGUGAAAUUAAACACUUCGUGUAAAGUGCUCUCCCAUACAGAUCACCAAACAUGUCGGAGACAGUCAUCAUCACUUUUCAGACUCAGUUGUCUAAUGUCUUGGAGACCAUUCUUAAAUCUGCAAUGUACGAGAUCACCAGGCUGGUGGAGGACAGCCUGUUAGAGGAAGUGGGCCGCGGGAAGCAAGAAGUGGAGUUGUUGCAGCGAAGAUUGCAGCUGUCCGAGCUCAAACUCAAGGAGAGAGAAUGGGAGAAGAGCAGGAGAGGAAAAUGUACAGACUGUGGAAGGAGCAUUUUCCCCACUGAUGAAUCACAACCUGGUGGAGAGGAAUGUCCUGUUGUGAAGCAGGAGGAUGGAGUGGCUGGGAGAUGGGCCAGCUGUGGAAGGGAAGCCCCAGAAGCGGAACAGGAGAUUCCUUCCUCUGGCUCCGACAGAGAUUUCAAGGUUAUAGAAUUGACUGCUGUUCAACCUGCUGACCUGGUGAAGAAAGAAGUCAUCACAGAUCCAUCAGUGUCACAGGAUGCCGAGUCUGUCAUGGUCCACAGCUUCUCAGGAGACCAGCAGAAGGCUCAGAGGGAGAGCUUUGGUGUAUUGGGUGACUGUCAACUACCUGAGCCAGUGAUGAAGCAGCUAGAUAUGAAAAACCGUAAGAGUGGACCGAGUAAUCAGGACAGAGGAUUCUCAAGGAGUCACCCUAUUAGAACACACACUGACCCUGAUUUCAAAUCAGACCACACAACAACUGCUGUUUCUUCCCAGCACCAAUCAGGCAGCAACCCACAGUCCUCCACAGACUCUCUCAACACAAGGCAUCAUAUUGGGGCCUCGGACUCUGCAUCAGUAAAGCAGGAGGUUGUGGUUGUGUAUCCACAGUGGAGAGAGAAGGAAGAGGCACCCAGGGACAAUGUGGUUCUCAGUUCCUCCAAAGUAAAUAGGUCAAGGGUGGACAUUGUACCCCAGACUUCACCAAGUCGGCCCCAGGCAGAGGUUGUGAUGAAGAUCCCCCGUCCUCAGCUUCCAACAGACCGUCUGGCCUCUCAACCCAUGGAGCGCCAUGAGCCUGUUAGAAAACACAACCCAGCCCUAGCGCAGCCAUCUGUGGUGACAGCCUCAAGCCUGGCCUCUGUGGAAGUGGACAGAAAUGCCUCUCUUUACAAGAGCUCUGCCACCAAGCCCAUCCAGCUCCAUCACCACCAGAGAGUUUACACUGGUGGCCGACGAAUCGGCGGCAUCCACGUGGCCAGAGGUUACCCACAGGUAGCGGGCAUCAAGACACACCUGAGCCACCACGCUGUCAAAGCGCCUCAUAGCUGCAACCAGUGUGGGAAAGGCUUCUCUCACCUGUGCCACUUGAGGGCGCACCAGCAGACCCAUACGGGUGAGAGGCCCUUCUGCUGUGCUCUGUGCGGCAGGAGCUUCACCAAACUCAGCAACCUGAAGGCUCACUGCAGGGUACACACAGGAGAACGGCCAUACAUCUGUUCGGACUGUGGGAAACGCUUCACCCAGAAGUGCAAUCUGAAGAGGCACCAGAGAAUCCACUCUGCUCAUCUAUGACAGGAUGGAUAGGCGGCUGUAGGUUUGGGCUCAAGUGAACAUGGAUAAUUUCUACUCAGAUAGCAAAUGUCAUAUCUGUAAUACACCAUUUACUAGCAGAGUUUUUAUUAUUACCGCUACCUCUUUGUCUGAGAAUUGCUUAAUUGCCAACACCGGUUGGUAUCGACAGCAGAAGGGAUGACUCCAUAUGAGUGUUGUCAUACACCUCUGUUCAGAUAUUCCAUUAUCAUGUUAUCUAUUCAAUUACUGCGGUGUUGUAGUGGAUACUGAUGGAUAGAGAGUGUUGAAGCAAUAAAUAUGUUUAUUCAUUUUUAUGUAUUUACAGUAUGUUCUAUGUUUGUGUUUAUGUUAUGUUAGCCACAUCUUCAUAUUGUAUUCGUUUGUCAAUUGUUUUGUUACCCUCCCUGCAAGAGUUAACAUAAAAACAGUGCUUUUCUCCAAAGAGGUAUAAUAGAGCCCAGCACGAUAGAUCACCAGCAACGUGACACUACACUACAUUGUAUUUACAAUAUUGUUUAAACCAAGACAAAAAGCUUGGUAGUGAACUCUGAAUACGUGUUCAUCAUUCCUCAAAUUUACUAUCUUGUGAUUGUUACCCCCUUUUCAAAGUAACAUAAUUAUUUACAGGUGUGUAUUAGGCCUAUAUGCUGAAUAGUACACACAGAAAAUUGCAUAGUCAAUUUGAAUAGUCAAAUGUUCCACUUUGCAUUUAGUUAGAGACAGAAUUGAUCACAAGAUAUUGGACAGCACUCUUAUUUACCUGUAACUUGUUUAGAAGCAGUUGAGGUAUACUGUCUCAAAACAUACAAUACAAUAAACGGGAACCUAGAAAA